UUGCUUUCAUUUAUUGUUAUUGCAUGUCAACGUCAUAUAUACAGCAAUUGCCUUUCCCAACCCAAUAAGAACACCUAAUAGAAGUGAUUUGUAUUAAAAUAAUGAAAAUAUUGUGUUAAAUAAGGUAAAAAAAUGUAAAAAUAUGCCGAUAUUUAGGACAAAAAAGACAGAAAAUCUUCCCGGUACCAAUAUACCACUUUUUUGAGGAUGCUUUUCAGUAACAUCUGUUAUAUUUUCAACAAAAAUGGUUUGCAAAAUGACUUCCAUCACGUGUGCUAUGUCUGUGCUCAUUGUUGUGUGUGGCGGAACAGUGACGUUUACCGGGCUCGGGGCGUUCGAAGUCGAAAACGCUGCCUUCUCCAAUUUGUACCGGAACUCGAAUGCGACAAGCGAAAAGGACCGUUAUGAUCUACUUGUGUCCUCGUUCAGCGCGAUCCCAUUUACCGCCGACUCGGUGCAUCUGGUUCGCGGUGUUGGGCAGUAUAUGGACAGUGUGGCCGGGAUUAAGCCCCAGACACUCACCACCAAGACCACGUGGCCCAAUGAGGUGGCCGGCGUCCCAGAGGAAAUAUUUGGAAAGCGAAUGGUUGUCAUACCCGACGGGUUCCUGGUGCCGUUCAAAACCAAUGGUGAGAUCAGACUAAUGGACAUAAGCUCAGACAUUGCGAUUGGGCCUUACGUCAUCACUAGUGACGUCACAGGAUCGUGGUUCUAUCAUCGCGUUCAGUGGCACGACAUGGACGGUGACGGUGACCAAGAUAUUGUCACGUGCAGAGCAAGGGUACCAAUAAUAGGCAGUCGGGCUAGCGAGCUGCUGUGGCUGGAGAACCCAGACGGCGACUACAGCGUCCAGUGGCUACCGCACGUGCUGGCGCCAGGGCCGGAUACCUUCUUCCGGUAUACCGUCUUCAACAGCACCGACGGACCCCUGGACUGCGUGGUGGCCGCCGAAUACUUCUCUCAGCGGCUGGUAGUCUAUUGGACCACAGACCCAAACCAUGCUUGGACCAACAGCUCCAUGGUCAAGUCCAGAGUGAUUGACGACACAGUGGGGGCGCUGUUCGAGGUCAAGGUCACAGACGUUAACGGAGAUGGUGACCUUGACCUUCUGGUGACAAAUAACGGAAACAACGGCUCGGUGUUCGUCUACCAGAUACCAGCAGACUUCAGAACGGGUGAGUUCCGGCGGCACACGCUGGCCUCAGGUUAUGGACCUGUGCACCUGGGACAGGGUAAGGGAGCACCCGGAUCCUCGUUUACCGUCAGCGUACCCAACCAACGAAAACCCCUUAUUCUGGUAUCCGGUGAUGAUAACGGCCAUGUAUUCGUUCUCUCUCCGCAUUCACAAGACGCAGACGACUGGUCAUACACGCAGACGACAUUCUUCCACAACGGCGGGACGGUGGGUCAACUGUCGUUUGGUGACGUCGACGGUGACGGGAAUACGGAGAUAUUCGUUCCGUCGUACAGCACUUCAAGCGUUCUUGUUUACAGAAUGACUUUUGAUGAUGAGCUUAGCUAUAAUACUGACGUUGAUAAUAUGACUUUUCAAAACAAAACACACUAAAAGAAACCUGAUCGACUUUGUUUUUGCUAUGUGCAUUUGAAUGUUUGCUUCAUGUUUUUAUUUCGUUAUCUGUAAGUUUAAUGGUCCGAAUUUCCUCCAAGUAAUUUCCGUUAUAGCCCUUUGUUCUUUCUGGACGUGACAAAUAGCUUUUUUGUGAGAAAAAUAAUGCAAGCUGUACUAUAAUCCCACCUACCAUUUUCUGUUAUAGCACGGUAAAAUAUAAUUUCAUUAUGUGUUUAAUGUUUCCUUAAUUAACAACUGCAGUGUAUUUGUGCAAAAAAGUGUUCAAAUUUUGCUGUAACUUGUAUGUUAAUCAUGCAACUUGAUGUUCUUUCAUUGUGUAUUUUGUUUGUAAAACUGAUGCCCAUAUGGGCCUAGUUUUUUAAUAAAUCUGAAACUGAACCAAACAGCGCACCAUAAAGCAAAAAACACACAAAAAAGUUAAAAGCAGUAAUCAAAAAGGGCGUCAAAGGAGAUAACUUGGAUGAAACUCUUCCUGGAAUGCCGGGCUAUGGAAGCAACAAGUAGCAGCAAACAUUAAGCUGAUAUCAUUCAGCAAGAAGCAGAAAGCAAAUAGAAACGAUCGAAAAGGCCCUAAAUGAGUGUACGGUUUAAACCUUUGCUUUUAUGAGAGUGAAUGAGUUUAUUGGUUUAUGACAAUACAACUAGAGUUAAAACUAUGAUCGAGUAUUGUUUAAAGAUGCACUCUUACUCCCAAAUAAGAUUUACCACAAUUAAUGAUAUUGCUUUAAAUAUUGUCGAGAACAAUGGUUCUUUUGAAGGAUACUGAGUUUAAUUUUAAAGAAUUGAGCAUAAAAAACGGUAU